AUGCACAUCCUUCGUGCUGUGAAUUUUGAUGUUUAUCAAUCUGGAGGGAUUCAAGCCUUUCAUAUUCCCUUCCUGGUGGAAGACCAAUUCUUCUGUGAGGACUGCACCAACGGUCGGGUUCCGCGCUACGGCGAGAUCGUGUGGGUGCGCAUACCACCUUUGGGUUACCCAAAGGUCACCAAGAACCUCAACGAUCUCGCGCCUAGUCUUCGAUUCCUUCGGCACACCUUCCCCCCUGACGAUGUUCACAAAGAUCUCAAGGGAGUCCGCUGGUGGCCGGGUGAGAUUUUGCAUCAUCGAUCCCUCCGUCUCGGUGGUCCUGCCACCAGUGACUUCGAUCAGAUUAAUCAAGCCGCACGCCUUGGUUUUUUUGCUGUCCGAUUGUUCGGCCUCUACUCUGCAACUCCUUUCAAUGGCAUCAAACCUCGCGAUGCAGCUUCUGCGGUAGCUGCAGCGAGAACGCGAUAUGGCCGAAAUGACCGGCGCAUCUUUCCCGUGUGUUUGUGGACUACUCAGGCUCGUGUUUUUUACUUCGAGGAGGGAGAUGCUGAAAUGGAGCAAAGUGGUGAAGACGGUGACGGUGAUGGAGUUUGUACAACCGUAAACGUCGAUAAUAACGAGAAUGAAAAUGACAAUGAUGACCUGGAAUCAACAGACGGGGAAAGCAUGACCGAAGAGGAUCCGAUCAUGGCUACUUUUCUUUCGCCUAAACGUCCUUCGUCACGCUCUCCCAAGGCACUGCCAAGUCCAGCCCGCGGCGAUCGAAUUUCCUCACCGUGCUCAGGCCGCCGUGUUGAGCGCAGGAGUAGCGAAAACGAUCGUCAGUGCCGUCGAAAACGGUUGGCUGUUCAAUGGAGAGAAGCCUACCUAAGAGCUACAAAGAUGGCGGGCGAGGGUUUGGCUGCUCGGAAGGUCACGCGGGCAGAAAACUUGAAGAACUCCGAGGAUCGUCCAGAUUACUACGAGCUCGGAUGGGGGCCGGAUACGCCUGGACGGGCAGAUGGUCUAGCGCAUACCAACAGAGCUAUCGGCCCUGUGCGAAUUCGUCGAUGUACUGACCUUUCAGAAGUACCACAGUGCGAGUGCAGUUCCUCCGAUCCCUGCGGUCCCAACAGCGGUUGUGUUAACCGCUCACUGCUUUACGAAUGCCUUGCUAGCGUUUGUGUUCACGGCAAGGCUUGCCGUAACCAGUUCUUCACACGUCGUCAGUAUCCGAAACAGAUCGCUUUCUAUACUGGAAAGGAGCGUGGCUGGGGUCUCAAGACCUUUGUGGCUAUUCAGAAAGGCGAUUUCGUUAACGAGUAUGUGGGUGACCUUAUUGAUGAAGCAGAAGCCAAUAGACGACUGACGUUCCUACACAAAAACAACAUACACAACUUCUACAUGAUGCAAAUGGAUUCCCAACGCAUCAUUGAUGCUGGACCAAAGGGUAACUUAAGUCGCUUUAUGAAUCACUCCUGCUGCCCUAACCUCUUCACUCAAAAAUGGACUGUCAAUGGAGAUACACGGAUUGGCCUUUUUGCUCUUCGCGAUAUCGCUCCAGGAGAGGAGCUGACCUUCAACUACAAUUUCUGCUCCCUUGGUCAAGAGAUGAAGGUGUGUUUCUGCGGUGCGGAGACAUGUGCGGGCUAUCUGGGUGCCCGUCCCGAUCACAGCUCUGCUCCUAUUGCUGCUUCCGCAACCUCUGUCUCUGCCUCUAGCACCACUACAGACUCGGUCCAAUCUGUUCAGGAGCGUAAUCGUCGCAGUUCCAUGUCUCAGAAGCAGAAAAAGGCGUCUGCUUUAAAGAAGAAGGUACCUCCUUCUCCCCCGACACCAUCCACUGCUACCACUACUGCUGCCAAUGUUGCGGUUACUGGGACCGGUAGAAGCGAGGUCAAGUCUUUAUCAUCCUCUAGCACAGCCAACACCCCCAGAGUAAACACGACCAAUCCAAGUACCCGACUUAAGUGCUACCGGUGCAACAAGGUUGUCGCGAACGUCCAAGAAGUUCAGUCUUCUCCAUACUUUACAUCAAAAAUCUUGGAAACUCCAAUUAGCCCAACCAAAUCCAAGCGUGGACGUCGUGUUUCUGAAAGAUACCCCAAAGCUUCUUCUGCCGCAUCAUCAUCGUUAACCGCUAACAUUGCCAUUAUUUGCCCACGAGUCGACUGUCGUAAGGUCUACCAUUUGUCUUGUCUCUCGAACAAACCUCUACCCACAGAUCGAUGGAUGUGUCCGUGGCACCACUGUGACGCCUGUGGGCGCCCGUCGACCGUUUUCUGUCAGCUUUGCACCACCUCUUUCUGCUCUAGUCACGUCGAGGGUAGUGUGGCUGUUCUACCCCCUCUAAUUUCGGGUGGAUGUGCUCAGGUCGUAUGUCUGUCCCAUACUGAGGUAAUUGCAGAAUACAACAAUCGCAAUGACUCCUCGGGCAGUAGUAGCAAUACCGACGACGACGAUGAAGAAGAAGAAGAAGAAGAGGGUGGGAAUGAACAGAAUGGUUUUUGUUCUCACGAUCUAACCUCUUCCGUUACGGAAACUGAGGGCGGGGAGGUGGGAAGAAAUGAGGGCAAGGGGAAAGUGGAUCCGGUGAAGGUAGAAGGCAACGGCGACGUCAAUAUCAAGAGAGGUGGAAAGUGCGAACGUGAAUCGCCUCUCCUUGCACCUGCUCAGUCCUGUAAACGUCAGCGGGUCGAGACUUUUAUUGACGCUGAAAGUGACAUAAAGUCUUAG